AAUGGCACUGAGCAAAACCCAGCCACCUCAUGCAGUGAGAUACUGGAGGCCUGUGAACAGUCACCCAGCGGUGUGUACUACCUCCUCGGAGCUGGAAAUAAACAGUAUCCUGUGUACUGUGAGAUGCCUGAUGGCUGGGCACGCUUCGGGAAAGGCAACAUGCAGUCGGUCUGGAACUACGAAGACGAAGAUGAGGCAGAAAUCAAUCUCGAUAUCAUCUCGGAUGAUGAGAUUGAAGCGAUCAAGAACUUAACCUUCACUGACUUCAUGAUUCGCACCGAUGUGAAUUUUUCCUUGCUAGCCGACGACUCCAGGAACCCAUCUACCAUAUACGCCCUCUAUCUGCCCUCGCUCAAGACUGUGUCACUCAACAUCCCGAUGGAUAAAUACAGCGAUAACACUGAGCUACGGUUUAACGAUGCAGGUGAUCGAGUGAUGUGUUUUGGCAAGUAUGCAGAACACCUAUGCGGACAAGAUGGCUUGCCUCGCAAAAACGAAGCCACGGAGCGUCUGGUUGUCACCAAUGUCUACUUCGGUCCACGAGCCGUUGACCGCGGAGCAACAGCAACCAGGUCAAACUGGUUUCGCAAUCGCUACACCUGGGAUGGGUCUUUCUAUAACCUCCUGGCAAAGUAAUCAGCCCCUUUGUGGUAUGGCGGAGGGCACGAUUUGAAGUUGAAUGUAGUUGUUUUGAGAACAUCCAAAUAUCUAUUAUAAGAUGGAAUUUUGC